AGCCCGGCUGCGCCUCCACGGGCUGCUGCGAAAGGGCGAUCCUGCCGCCAGCCCUGCCUGCUCCCGUCCCCGCUCCGCCGGGACUCAUGCUCCGCCGGGGCGGCAUCUGACCCCGCAGCCUCCCCGCUCGCCGCCGGCCGUCCUCCUCCUCCUCCUCCUCCUCCUCCGGGACCCUCAGCCAAGGACACCUCCAUUCUUGGUUCAUUACAGAGGGGGAUGGAAAAUUCCUCCGUGGCUUCUGCCUCUUCUGAGGCAGGAAGCAACCGGUCGCAGGAAAUCGAGGAGUUGGAAAGAUUUAUUGACAGCUAUGUUUUGGAAUAUCAAGUCCAAGGCUUGUUGACCGAAAAAACCGAAGGGGAUGAAGAGAACGAGAAAACGCAACCCAAUAUCUCGCAGUGGACGGUUGACUGUAAUGAACAAAUAGAGGGCAGUGUGUCCAGCUACAGAGGCAAGGGGUCAGCAUCUCAUAAUCAAAACCAGAAUGGCAACAAAGACAGCUCCCUGGACAUGUUGGGGACAGAUAUCUGGGCAGCCAAUACUCUUGAAUCUUUCAGCGGGGCCACCUGGGAUUUGCAACCAGAAAAACUUGACUUCACGCAGUUCCACAGAAAGAUUCGCAACGCCCCCAAGCACCCUCUUCCACAAAUAGACAGGGAAGGAAUUGGCAAAGGAAAAUGUGAAGAAGAAGAGGGAAUCAACUUAAACGACAUUGGAAAAGUUCUCCCAGCCUGGCAAGGUUGUCACCCAUUGCCACACGAAGCAGAAAUCGCACACACCAAAAAACUAUUCAGGAGGAGAAGGAACGAUCGGAGGAAACAAAGGGCUCCUGGGGGGAACAAGCCGCAGCAACACCCAGAGCAUCAGCAAGGCACCACCAAGCACAACAAAGAACACCAGAAGCUCUCACAGGGAGGCCAGGCGCCACACUCCUCUGGGCGAUGCGGCCACCACGGCUACAGCCAGAAUCGGCGGUGGCACCACAACCAGAAACACUCUCCCAAUGACAAGGAGGCGCACCGCAACGCCAAAGAGACCGAGAAUCUGAAAAUAGAAGAUACCUCUGUCUGCACAGUGCACAUUCCUCUGGAGAUGCACCGCAGCAACGACGUCACCGAGAGGCCAUCGCCACAGUACGUCCCGGAUCCCGAAAGCAAACGGAAAGACGGCAUCCAUGAACGGAGAAACGAGAGGCCCAAAGUUAACCUGUUGCAGUCUUCCAAGGACAGGCUACGACGGAGGCUGAAAGAGAAGAUGCCUUGUCUUUCCCUUUUCACGGAUCAGGACGAAGUGGUGGGGGAGUCCACUGACCCCCAAAGGAACAAAAUGGACAAAUUAAUUGAAAUUCUCAACAGCAUGAGGAAUAACAAUAGCAGUGGGGUGGACUCCAAGCUCACCAACUUUAUGGAGGAAGCCCAGAAUUCCACCAACUCUGAGGAGAUGCUGGGGGAGAUUGUCAAGACCAUUUACCAGAAGGCCGUGACUGACCGUAGCUUUGCGUCCACGGCAGCCAAGCUCUGUGACAAGAUGGCCCUCUUCAUGGUGGAAGGCACCAAGUUCCGGAGUCUCCUUCUGAACAUGCUGCAGAAAGACUUCACGAUGCGGGAAGAGCUGCAGCAGAGCGACGUGGAGCGCUGGCUCGGCUUCAUCACCUUCCUCUGCGAAGUCUUUGGCACCAUGCGAAGCAGCACUGGGGAGCCUUUCCGCGUGCUUGUCUGCCCCAUUUACACCUGCCUCAGGGAGUUGUUGCAAUCUCAGGACAUAAAAGAAGAUGCUGUCCUUUGCUGUUCAAUGGAGCUGCAAAGUGCCGGCCGGCUGCUGGAAGAACAGCUGCCCGAACUGAUGACAGAGCUGCUGGCCACCGCACGGGACAAGAUGCUGUGCCCGUCAGAGUCCAUGCUGACCCGGUCCCUGCUCCUCGAGGUGAUUGAGCUGCACGCCAACAGUUGGAACCCCCUCACCCCCACCAUUACGCAGUAUUACAACAAGACAAUCCAGAAACUGACAGCUUGAAAGGAAGGCGGGAGGCGGGAGUGGCCCAGUGCCAGGAGGAAGACACGCACUUUAAAGAAACAAACAAAAACGCAUUCAGAAUAAUAUAAAAGGAUGGAGAAAAGAUGGCGCUACAGUGACCGGAGAAGGGACAGAGUGACCUUUAGUGGUCAGGACAGAGAGACCCUUAAGGGGUCAGAUAAACCGCAGCAUGUUUAAGAAUAUGUUCAUCGGGGCAAAGCAUGUCUUUUUUCAGCUGUGUCCUCAAGUGCCGUCGCCACCCCUUUUCCCCCCACUGUGGUUUUGUUUUACGUUCCCUUUUAUGCAACCCAUUGCCCGUGCAGCAGCAAUGCAUCCUGCCAGGCUAUUGUUGGGCCUCAGAAGGAACAUGGCAGGUUGAAUAGCAAGUCGGAGGGCCGGAGUGGAUUGUCUCCACGGCACUCUCCCAGCUUGCGUUGGCCAACUGGCGGGAGGCAGCCCAGCUGCAGCAGAUGUCUUUGUGGGAGGGGGGACAAAGGCAGACGUGUCCAACCCCAAAUGGUGGCCACUGACAGCUUUUGUCAAGCCAAAAGAACUCCCUCCCCCCUUUCUUCCUGUCCUCUUGUCUUCGAAGUUUGGUCUCCUUGGCUGUCCUCCAUUGCUCCAUAUCCUGAAACCUCAUUCCAGAUUAGACACUGAGAGGGGAUAAAUUUUUCUGUUUCUGCCUUUUUUUGGGGGGGAGGGGCAUUUGCAUUUGCACUGAGUAUUAUUUUUACUUUGCGGGUUUUUUAUUUUAUAAAUAUAUAUAUGUAUAUAUAUGCACAUAUCCUUAUAUGAACAGACAGCUUGCUGUUUUGUUUUUUAAAAGGUAAAGUUAAUGCUGUGGUGUGAGAUUGUGGAGAACGGUGCAAGGAUCUUGAAGCAAAGGAGGCAAAUAGAAGUAUUAUUGCCACAAAAAUACCUUGCCAAAAGGUUGCGGUGAAUAUCCUGAUUCUGUAUGGAGUUCAGUGCAAUUCCCUUCCACGGGUUGUGAUGGCUGUGAGAAACCCCAAGGUUAUGUUAGCUUUCUGCAAGGUUUUUUGCCCAAGUGUAAAAAUCUUGGAACUCCCAUGCAACAUCUUUCUGAAUCUUGACCCAGCUCUACCAUUAGGCAAUGUAAAAAGAUCUUCUGUCCUCUCUGAUUCUUCCCUCUUUUGGGGGACAGACGUCCUUGCAUUACACAGCUUAUCCUGCGUUCCUUAAAUAAAUCUUUCAUUUAGAUCAGCGUUUCUCUACCUUGGCAACUUUAAGAUGCGUGGACUUCAGCUCCCUGAAUUCCCCCAACCAGCACUUCUGGUUGCCGAGGUUGAGAAACACUGAUUUAGAUGAAAGAUGCAGCCCAUCACAAGCAUUUAAGGAUUUAAAUUGAAAGCUGGCCAUCCAAUAAAGUUCUGUACUGUACAUGGAAUAAGGAAGGGGAAACCAUUGUAACCCUGCCAUCUGGUUUCUAAAAUAUCUGCAUGACUGUUUAAAUAUUAAGAUGGAUGAUAUCAACAUAUCAGCUCUUCUGUGCUCAACACACUUGGUGUUUCUCAUAUCAGCCAUAAAUAGGCGGAUUGGCUUGAAUUGUGCGGAGGAGCAUAACUUAAAUAGAGUCAAAAACGGUGUGCCAGUUAUUCUAAGAGUUGAUUUGCAGCAAAUCUGCUGACGGUGAAGAUUGAGGUGUGUGCAAAACUAAAAGUAGUUAAUCUGGGGUGAGGGGGGGAUUGUAAUAUGUCACAGUUGCAGUUAUGAUAGGGGCUGUACCAUCACAGCCUAACGUUAAUUCAGGGAGCUGAGUAGGAAUGAGGAAUUAAGACUUGAAGUUCUUCCUGAGUCAUCCAAUGAAUAGAAGGUGAGUUGUAAGUACCAGUAGUCCUCAACUUACGACCAUUCGUUUAAUGAUGGUCCGAAGUUACAACAGCCUCAGAAUGGGUGCUUUAUGGCCUAUA